AUGACUCUCUUGCUCAGCCCCACCCCGAGCAGUCGGUUCGGCACGCCCAACACGGACACUCUCCAGACACUCAACGUGAGCGUCCCACUGGGCUUCCUCCUAGGCGCCGCAGCUGCAGCUUUAUUCUUCGGUUGGAAGAGCCUGGGCGUUCCUGCUGUGGUGGCGCUCAUUUUCGGCCUCAAAGUCUUCUUAGCGAAGCGCAAAACAUCCUACGACAGCCGCAGACGAGCACAGCGGCUGGUGUGGGCACCGGUGUUCUUGGCGCUGUUCGCACGCAAUGUUGUGGUCUCGUGGUGCAUUGGCGAGUCAUCUUUUGCCGGGGCGUUGGCGGGCUGUGGCCUGGUACACUGUGCCUCGGGGUUGGACCCCGCCAAGCAGUUGGUGUGGCUGCACGAUGGAUCUGUGCUGAGGCACCUGACGGUGGUGGCCUGCGGCGCGGCGGCGCUGGUGGCCCACUCGCUGCUUCCGAUCGCGCUCGCCACCCCUUCGCCGACGCAGUUCAUCAAGGAGAUCGAAGAGCGGCGGAACCAGGAGACCUUGCUCACUUCCCAGGUGACGCGCGAGAUCCGCAAGAGCCUGUGCGUGGAGGACAUCUGCGCCAAUACCACCAACCAGUUGGGCCAGGCCUUCGGUGCCGAUCGGUGUGCCAUGUACCUGUGCCAGAACGAGGCGGAGGUCACAGACCAGACGAUGUCGCCCUCAUCGACGCCAGAAUCCGCUGUGGGUUGA